AUGAUUCGUUUAUUCGUUUUUCCUGUAAUUCUACUUCUCUUCCUCAUUUCCUCUUCGCACUCGCAGCAACCUUCAACAUUGAAAUUUGUUCAAAUCUGGUUCAGACACGGAGAACGCCUGCCAACACACUUUCUCAAUCUACCCGGUGAUCCGUAUCCAAGCGUUUAUCAUGAAAUUUCUGAACCUGGAGAACUGACUAAUAAUGGUGUUAUUCAAGAAUAUGAUCUGGGACUAGAAAUUAAAAAGUCUUAUGGUGAUUUCAUUGGGCCAUAUAGAGCUUCCGAGCUUAGAAUAUGGGUUGGAGAAGAUAAUCGAACAGUUACAUCCGCCUUAGCUGCUGGCGCUGCACUCUUUCCUCCAGCAGAAGGACAGAAAUGGAAUCCUGACCUUCCAUGGCUUCCCAUUGCUGUCCAUUCUGAUCCAUCAUUGGAUUGGGUCUCAACAGGCGUCGAACAUGAAUGUCCUGUCUAUGAAAAAACAUUUUUUACUUCAUCCGAUUAUCAGUCAAUGACAGGAAAAUUAAAAAAUCAAAAGCUUCUUGAAACGAUUAAGAAGAAUCUGCCAUUGAUACCAUUACAUGAUAUUCGUGAUGUUAAUCACAUAUUGGACUCUCUCUAUAUCCGAAAUAUUUUGAAUGAUAAGCGUCUACCCCUACCGGAAUGGGCCAAAGAUAUCAGUUAUGAUAUCCGUCCAGUCAUGAUAGAGAUUCAUGAGCGUUUAACCAAUUUGCAAUCUCCAAUAAUAGGUUAUCAUCGUGAACGUGUCUUGUCAUACAUGGAAGAUCAUCUGCAGCGGUCAGUGAAAAACAAGGCCGUGUUCCUAUCCGGGCAUGACACCAACUUCAUGAUGCUGGGAAAAGCACUUGGCAUUAAUGAAUUAAAAACAAAUCUGCCUUCUUUCGGUGCGCAUAUCGCAAUUGAAUUGCACGAAUACAAUCAGACUUCAUAUGUAAAGUUCUUCUAUACGACGGGUGUUGGUGAACCACUCACAGAAGCUAUUCCAUCGUACUGCACCGAGAUUUGCACUCUGCAAGAUGUUCAGAAUCAUAAUGAAUAUCAACGAGUAUUACCUCUUGACAUGAUUAAGAUCUGUAAAGGCUUGACGAUGAGUGAACAACAAUCAAUAGUGACAGGUUCACUUAUAGCUGUCUUAGCUGUUCUAUUAAUAUCUACAGUCAUCUUAACAUAUACAACAUACAGUUAUAGGAAGCAGCUUAUCCAGAUGAAAGAUCCCGAAUGUCAGCGUUUGUUAUGA